AUCUCCAGCUACCCUGUGCAUGUUUAGCGCAAUUCAUUUGUUAUGUAUCCCGUUUUGGGAAUUCAUACGAGACAAUAAGCUGGAGACAUAUAGCAGAUAGGGAUCGUAGAAGACAACAGAAAAUCAAAAGAAGAGAACGGAGAUGGAUCCAGAGCAAACGUUCAUAAGAGUGCAGGAAAGAUUUUCGCAAAUUCUAACGCCAAGGGUCAGGGCCUUUUUGGAGUAUAUGUAUCUCUUCAUCGCCAUUACGCUCUUUUCUAUCCUAGUUGUAAUGCAUGCUAAUUAUGUCCAACAGCCUGGCUGCUCCAGUGAGCUCUCUGGAUUUGGCUCAACAGAAGCCCAACUUAUACAAAUUAAGGACUCAAACUCGGAGAAGAUGAUUGGUAGUGCUAGAGUGCAUACCGGACUCUACCUCCUCCGUGCUGAAUCUUCUAGUAGACAAGCUCCAAAUGUAUUGGCUGUCAAAGAUGGCACAGCUGUUCAAGGCGGUCAGGGAGCAAUAAUGGCAAACAGAAGGGUGGUCAGGGACAAACGCGCAAGGUGGGGUGUAAACAAGUCUGAAACUAGUAUUGGAUAUCCUUGUUUAGAAGCUGUAGCUGAUAGCUUGAAAGUUACAAAUGUAAAUGAAAAUGGAUUAACAAUUUUUGCUGCCAAGUUUUGGUUGAAUUGGAUUGGUUCUAAUGCCAGGAGGGGCAAAUUAGCAUUGAAGUUCUGGAAGAGUGAUAUUGAAAUAGAACAUCAAGCUGAAAGCUCUACCAAUACUUGGAACUUUGAUGAUCCAGUUGCUAAAACGGAUAAGGAGGAGCCACGUGGAAGAUUUUCCUUAUCUGCCAAGGAGACUUUUAAAACAGCAAUUCUUCACUUCGGCAAAAAGUGGUACAGGCGACUUUCUUUCAUUUGGAGGCAUACAGUGCAAAUCUUUAGACAUUUCCUAAAUUUAUGGAAUGUUGCUGGUAUCAAUUUGAAUCUUGAUUGUCCCAAAUGGUUGCAUGUACCUCACCUUGACAAGUUUAACGGGUAUGCAGUGCAAUGGCUUGAGAAGAGAAGCAAAGCAUUUGAACCUACAUACUUGUACACUAUGGAAAAGGGGUAUCUUUUGCUACCUGAAGGAGCAAAGUCUCAGCAUAAUAUACGUACUGUUAAUAUUAGCAUACCGGCAGGACAUUCUUGCUUUGGGAACAGAUGGCAGCAACUUCUCAUAAACAGAUUUGUUGGUUAUGAUACCAUAUUGAUGAAUAGUUUACUCACUUCUCCCGGUCAAGGUUACCUCUAUAAUUACCAAACUAAGGAGUUUUAUAAUCUUAGUUACGCCCAUGAACAACCGGAAGGUUCUGCAAGAUUUGGAGGUUUGUUGACAUCAUACUUCGUUUCUCCCUUCAUGAUGUGCUUUUUCACUUGAUGCCGUAUUUUCUAAUGCCACAACUUUAUGUAUAAUUCUGAUUUAGUUUCAGUUUCUUCUAUUAAAUUUAGAGAUUGAGAAUGAUAUUAAUAACGAAGGUUAAUUCUAUUAAAGAGAAGAAAGUAAUAAAAACAAUGAGUUCUAUAAGACUUUGUUAUGCGGGAACAAAAUUGCUUACACCAGAUACUAGCAAGUAUCCCAAGAUCACUGCUUACUUUCAACAAUUAUGAGGGGUAAGUCGAGGGCUAGAUUUUAGCUUUCUGGUCAGGCUCAUAAAAAUUGACGAUUAUUUAGUAUAUUUUGGUACGCUUAAAGGUAAUAUGACAGGAAUCAAUAGUCUGAAACAUUUUAUUGAGAAAUUUGGGGAAUUAAUUUCCAAAAGAUUUGGGGGUUAAUUUUUAACAGAUGUACUAAUUAAUUUCAGCUGAUCUGGGAACUAAUUCCAGCAGGUAUGGGAAUUAAUUCGAGCAAAUUUAUUGACAGAUUUUUUAAGAGAUUUUUGGGCAAACUAAUAUAGGGAUUCUGUAGACAUUAUAGACUAUAAAAUAGUGUAAUUAAUUGUUAAUUUCUGCGGGAGAAUAGAAUUUUAUGUUUAUUAUUAAAUGAAAAUGUCCUAUGUAUAUACAACUCUUAAAAAAUGAAACCUUGAUAAUAAAUUACAUGUGGGUAUUUACCUCUUACCCUUUACAUACUAAUUUACAUAACACACUUCCAACACUCUCGCUUAAGCUGGUGAAUAGACAUUUUCUACUCCCAAUUUGGCAAUAAGCGUCUGAAAAGCUGGGUUAUUAAGAUCUUUGGUGAGUGCAUCCGCAAGUCGCGAGUUAGUAGGUAUGUAAAGUAUGCAAAUCAAGCCCAUUAUCUAGUUUUUCCUUGAUAAAAUGUCUUUCAACUUCAAUAUGUUCCGUACAGUCAUGUUGUACUGGAUUGUGAAUAAUGUUGAUUGCUGAUUUGUUGUCGCAAUAGAAUCUCAUUGGGUCGUCUCACUUAAUCUUCAAGUCUUUUAAAACCAUUUUUUGUUGUAACAACUUAUAAACUCCUUGACCCAUUGUUCGGCUGCACUAGAUUGUGCUAUUAUAUUUUGUUUUUUACUUCUCCAUAUGAAUUCCCUUGAAGGAAUGUGAUAUAACUUGUAUUAGAUCUUUUAUUCACUACUAAUCGAGUAUAGUCUUCAUCAAUAUAAGCUUACAGUAGUAAUUUGGUGUUCUUUUUAAAUAUGAUACUUUUUCCUAAUGUUCCCUUCUGAUACUGCCUAGAAGUGCACUUUUUUAGGAUUGUGUAUAAGUCUGCAUCUCUUUGCUAAUGGCUGCCUCUUCCUCUAUUAGUAUCAACUUAUGAUGUGGGAUCAAUUGGUGUGCUAGCAUGUUUGCAUACGUGUUUACCUCUAUCUUUCAAGAGGUCAUUUAUAUACUUCUAUUGAGUGAUGGAGAUCCCUUGUUUUGAGUGAACCACUCCAAUACUAAGUAAAUAUUUUAGUUUGUCUAAUUCUUUAAUUUCAAAUUACUUAAUUUAUGUACUAAUCUCUCAUGUUCAUCACUAUUAGUCACUACAAUGCCAUCGAUAUAUACUAGGAGGAUUGUAGCUCUACCUGAAUCUGAAUGCUUGAUGAAUAAAGUGUUAUUUCUUUGAUGUUGUUUGUACACCACUGCCAGUGUUACCUUUGAAAAUCUUUCAGAAUAUGUUCUUGAUGACUGUUUGAGUUCAUCUAAUGUUUUUUUUAAGUCUGCAAACUUUAUUGGCUGCUAUAUUCUUGGUGGAUUCCAAUGGAAUCUCCAUAUAAAUUUUCUCAUCUAGGUCUCACAUAGGAGUGCAUUCUUUACACCAAACUAUUACAGUUGCCAAUAAUAGUACAUGGUCUUGGCAAUAAGUGCAAAAUUCUCUUGACAAUCAAUUCUGUAUGCCAAGGUGUAACCCUCAGCCACCAACCUGAUUUUGUAUAUUUCUAUUUUGCCAUCAGCUUUGUACUUGAUGGUGAACACCCAUUUGCAUCUAACAAAUGUUUUUCCUUUAGGUUUGGUCCACCAUCUCCUAAAUUUGGUUUUUCUCUAAUUCCUGCAUUUGAACGUUGAUAACAUUUUUAUAUUUUUCACAUAACAAUGUCUCAUAUAAUAAUAUCUCCUACAGUUCAGAGCCAUUUCUGAGACAAGUAGACAGUUCCUCGAAGCGAAGUUUACUGAUACUGAGGUGUUGGACAGCCUUAAAUUGUGUAAUGGUGACAAAGCACCGGGUCCGGAUGAGUUUAACAUGAAGUUCUUAGAAGACUUUUGGCAUUUAAUCAAGGAAAAGGUUAUGGGAUUGUUUAGGGACUUGCAUGACUCUGAUAAAUUUGUGAGGUCCCUCAAUACUAUAUUUCUAGUGCUAAUAGCUAAAAAAAGAGGAGUUAAGGAUACGAAAAAUUUCAAACCCUUCAGUCUUUUAGAAUGCAUAUACAAGUUAAUUGCAAAAGUUCUGUCUAAUAGACCAUCCAAGGUUUUAGGUAAAAUUAUUGGGGAAUGUCAACAUACACUUGUGGGUGGAAAACAGAUUUUGAACGCGGUCAUGGCUGGAAAUGAAGUGGUAGAUGAAUUAUAUCAGACAAAAAAGAAGGGUUCAUAUGUAAGUUAGACAUUGAGAAGGCUUACGAUUAUGUCAAUUGGAACUUUCUUGCAUACAUGAUGAGAAGAAUGGGUUUUGGACAAAAAUGGAUUAAUUAGAUGAACAGUUUUAUCACUACCAUCUAUUUUUGGUAUUAGUUAAUGGCGGAUCAUCCAAUUUCUUUUCUGCUUCACGCAGAAUGUGCCAAGGUGAACCCCUUUUUCCGUUAUUCUUUUUAACUGUAAUGAAGGCGUUAAAUGCUUUGAUAUGCAAGGCUAUUGAUCUGAACUUUCUGAAAGGUAUAACUAUUGGGAAGGAUUUUAGAGCUAUUCAGGUGUCCCAUUUCUUCUUUGCCGAUAAUACCUUGAUUUUUUGUCUAUCUGAGGUUAGAAAUCUCUUGCACUUGAGAUGUGUUUUGAUGUGUUUUCAAUUGGUUUCUGGCAUUAAAAUUAACUUAAAGAAGACAGAAUUGGUAAGGUUUGGCAACACAAGUAACGAGAACCACCUUGCUAGCAUUAUGGGGUGCAAAACAGCCAAGCUACCUAUCAUUUAUUUGGGCAUCCCCUUGGGCUCCAAAUAUAAAGAUUCUUGUACGUGGGAACUGGUGAUUGAUUCCAUUGAGAGCCAAUUUGCUGGAUGGAAAAGAAAAUUUCUAUCACUCUUCUUAAAAGCACACUCACCAUCCUACCCAUUUAUUAUCUAUCUGCUCUUACCAUGCCCGUGAAGGUUGCAAAGAGAAUAGAAUUCAUUCAAUGUCGUUUUCUUUGGGAGGAAUGACAAUGAUAAGAGGAGAUUUCACUUAGUCAAAUGGGAAGAGAUGAAGAAGCCGAUUUAUAAAGGUGGGCGGGAAUUAAGUCUCUUUUUGAGAUGAAUGUGGCUCUUUAAGGGAAAUGGUUGCAGCGAUAUUCUGUAGAAGAUGAUGGGCUUUGGAGGAAAAUAAUUGCUGCUAGGUGGGGGAUUGUUAAUGGUGAGCUCAUUUUCAAUAAAAUAAUCCGACUGCAUGAAUAUGGUUUAUAGAGAAAAAUUAUGAUGGGUUGGGCAAGAUUCAAAGAUUGUAUUCAGUGGCGUGAAUGUAUGUGAGCAAACGCAACACAACCAAAUAAUUUAGGGACAAUAUAGUUUCUGGCACUGAACUCCGAAUAAAAUAUGGAAAUAACUUUCAUAGGCCUUUUAAAGUCCAAGACCCUAGAUGGUAAUGAGUUAAUAAGGUAGGUGGCAGUAAGGAGUGUUUCUCCUCAAAAUUGUUUAGAUACAUUAUUUUGGGAUAGGAAGCCUGAGUAGUACCAAGUAAGUGCCUAUUUUGAUUUGGGAGGAUCAUUUAAGUGUCACUAAUUUUCAGGAUCAUGAAAUUCCAAAGGCAGACUGCGACCAUGGAGUCUUUUUCUUCCCGAAAGUCAAAGAUAUCUUGGUUGUGGUCCUGAUCUUUGAUUUUUCUUAUGUUUCUUAGGAUAGUAUGAAUCAAUUGUAACUACUUCAGAUGGUAAGUCAACCUUUCAGGGUGGUUGUCAAUGGCUUGAGAUGUGAUUUCAAAUAUUGCUACAAACUUUUUGGGACAAACUUAGUAAAAAAGGACUCUUGCAAUGAAGGUCGGAUGUUGCAGUAACCAAGCUAUGAAGGAUGGCUUUAGAGAGCAGGCUGCAUGUAGAGGUAGGAGCUGCUAGUGCACGGCUGGAUUAGAGGCGCAAGAUUGGAGCAGACGCGCGUUGCUGGUGCUGGAGUAGAGGUGCGUGGCUGGUGCAGCAGCGGCUGGACAGAGACACAUGACCAGUGCAGUGGCUCGGCAAGAGUUGCGGCAUGCAGCAGUGGGCCGUGCACUGGGCUGUUUUCUACUAUGAAAGCCAGUGGCCGUUGUGAUGGUGGUCGGCUAUGAAGGCUAAUCAUAUUUAAUGUUUUUCUAUUCUUUGUUUUGGCUUUAAGGGCCGAUUAGGAUUUGAAGAAAGCUAUGGUAUUUCUUCCUAUACCUGUAAUACCAUGUGAAAAAAUAAAAUAUUAUGUUUAUUGAAUGAAAAUGUCCUAUAUAUACGCAUUAAGCAUAAAUUACAUCUAGGUACUUUACCCGUAUACCUAUACAUACUAAUUUACGUAUGUAUACAUUUCCAACAUUUUUCAUAUUUUUUUUAUAUGUCCAUUGAAUUCAAAUUUUACUAAAUUCAACGUGCUAUCAGAGCAUUGAUCACUCUAGAAAGAAAAAUAAAGAACCUCUUAACUUCCAGUAACCACCAUCAUAGUCACACACAAAAAGAAAAAAAACCUCACAACAUUACUUCUGAGUCCUGUCCCUAUUGCAACAUCCUCCAUGAUAAAUGAAUGUUUAAACAAUCAAUUUGAAGCAAAGAUAAUUAUCUUUUACUCUGAUAAUAAAAAAAAUAUUAUAAUGAAUAUUUCAGAAAUUUUUCUUAAGAAAAAAAUAAUUUGCAUCAAUCUAAUUAUCGAGAUAAUAUAAAGAAAAUCAUGUUACUGAAUGAAAAAAUAAACAUUUAUUGAGAGUAGCAAGUUCAAUGGUUUCUAUGCAUAUUCCCAAAAUAAUUUUGGGAAAAUGAGUUUUUCUAUAGCAUUGUUACUUGAUGAAGGAUGCCUACCAAGAUUUUUGAAUUUUACAAUAUCUCUAGGAUGUUAUAAAAAUAUUUUCCCACCCUCUAAAGUGCAUGCAAAUUUAUCUCUAAAAAUAUGUGGUUGUGUUGUAUUUGUUCAUAUUCCUAGUCAAUUAGGUUCAAAACUUGACUUUAGGGCUUAUGGAUUGUAAGGAUGAUAAAGAAUAGGGCAUUGCUAAUGUGACGAUUCUCGGAAGAGGAGAUUCUGGAGCAUUAUAUGGAUUACAAGAUUGAUAAAGCCUCGCAGCCAGAUAUUUCAACAUUAGUUUUUUUCAAAGCAAUUAGAAGACCACAAAAGGAGAUUUGAUUGACUUAUUUUAUGAGUUUCAUAGUUCGGCCUCCUUUGCUAAGAGUCUAAUUCCACUUUCUUGGUAUUAAUCCCUAAAAUAGAAUAGAAAGUGCAUCAAACGUUAAGGAUUUUUUACCGAUAUGUUUGGUGAGCAAGGUGUAUAAGAUCAUAGCAAAAGUCUUGGCUGAGUGCAUGUCUAAAGUCCUGAGAAAAGUGGUGAAGUAGUGUUAGUACAAUUUUGUGGUAGGAAGACAAAUUCUAGAUGUAGGUUUAAUUGUUAAUGAAGUUGUUGAUGGCCUUUUGAAAGACAGGAAAAGAGGCGUUUUAUGCAAGCUGGAUAUAAAAAAGGCAUAUGACGACGUAGAUCGGAGGUUUUCUAUUCUAUAUGCUCGAUAGACAUAGGUCUGAAAAAUAGGACAGGUGGAUGAAAACAUAUGUUUCUUCUGCAUUGUUUGCAACCUGGAUGAGAGGAGGGCUCUUCUUACUUUAAAGCAUUCUGGGGUUUGAGAUGGCAAGAUCCUCUCUCUCCAUUGUUGUUCCUAAUGGUUAUGGAGGCCUUCAAUAAACUCUUAUCCGGAGUUAAGAGGUUGACUUGUCUAGAGGUCUCUAUGUUGCGGAGCGUGAGAAGAGGGUGGGAAUGACUCAUUUGUUCUUCGAAUAUGAUGCAUUAUUGUCUUGUGAAUAAGAUAACACCUGCGCAACAUUAGAUGUGUAUUGUUAUGUUUUAAGGUUGUGCUGAGUCUAAAAAUCAACAUGUCGAAAUCUGAGCUUGUUGUGAAGGGGUGAACAAUGAGAUUGAGAUAAAAUUGGAAUCCUGGGAUGCGAGCAAGUGAAUUUACCUAUUAAAUACUAGAAUUAUCGUUGGGAGCUAAGUUAAGGAGAUCUCUACGUGUGAACAGGUGAUCAACAAGUUCGAGUCUAGAUUAGUUGCUCUUGAAAGACAGUACACAUUAAAAACACGUUAGCUAGCAUUCCCAUAUACAUGAUUUCUUUGGCAAUAAUGCGUGCCAGAGUGACAAAAAGUUUGAAAAGAAAUCCAAUGUAACUUUGUAUGGAGAGAUAUAGUAGAUCAUAAGAAAUAUCAUUUUGUGGCCUUGGAAAAGUGAAACAACUACUUCGAAGGGGUGGUUUAGGUUUGAGAUCCUUGACAGACUUGAACAGGGCACUUCAAGGAAAGUGACUUUAGAGAUUUAUGAUGGAGCAGGAGAGUCUUUGGAGAAGAAUCAUUGAGGCCAGACAUCAGGUGGAUGGAUAUGGGUGGUUCUCCAGCAUUCCCAUGGAUCCAUUUGGGGUGGGUUUGUUGAAAAGAAUUGUGGGGAGAAGGAAGACCUUUGUAAAUAUAUUAAGUAGACUGUAGGGUCGGGGGGUGGAGUGAGUUUCUAGAGAGAUGACUAGUGGGAAAAGGAUGUGUGCCAUCAAAUUCCAAACAUUUAUGCAGUUACAGUUGAUAAGGAUCCCAUGGUAAAGAAUUAUAUAAUAGGCCAAGGCAUUAAUGAGGACUAGUGGAUAGGGUUGAAGUGAAACUUAAAUGAUUGAGAGAUCCUAGAGUAUAUGAACCUUUUAGAGGCAAUAUCAUCAUUCAAGAGGGGUCAGUCUAUGGGUGAUAAGCUAUGUGGGAAGUUAAACACUUCAGGCGUUUUUUCAGUGAAAUCCUAUUAUAAGUACCAUUAUUGGGGUGGGCCAGAGGAGGUGAAUACUCUUGUUAGGCUGAUUUUGAAAGUUAAUGCAACUUAAAGGAUUGCUUUCUUCACGUAGGAUAUUGUCUAGGGGUGCAUUUUUACUCUAGAUAACCUCGUCAAGAGGUGGAAAAUUCUUGCAAGCAUAUCCUUUUGUGGUGUCCUUUUGUCCAUUGUCUUUGGUGCUUAGCUCAUAGCUCAUUGGGUGUAGACUGGAUCAUAACCGAUUCUGUGAAGGAGGAGAUAUGGGCUUGGAGUGGUAUACACGAGGAUAAGCCAUUGAGACUCAUCCAAUUAGUUGUCAUUUAGGUGAUUUUGGAAAGAGAAAAGUAGAAGGAUUUUUUAGGGCAUUAAUUCUAAUUUUGACACUCCAAAAGAUUAGUGAUUCCAUAUACUGAAUUUUUUGUUAAGGAGUCAUCAGCUGUAUUCCAGUGAGAAUAUUGGGGAUUUCAUAGAUAUUUUGAUGUUGUUAGUGGAGGUAAUAGUCCUUUAAUUCCUUCUAGAAGCCAAGCUGUGUUAGGAGAAUCUUUAUUAGUUAAUAGUCCUUUAGUUCCUUCUAGAACCCAAGAUAUGUUAGGAGAAUCUUUAUUAGGUAAUCAAUAGCUAUACAGUUGCUUGCAUGGGAGAUUAGGUCAUCCAUCUUUUUUGUUCUAAAGGCGAUUUAUCCUAAUAUGUUUAAAAAAUUGCAAUUCAGAGUCAUUAGUUUGGUGAAUUUGCAUAACACACAAGAACUUCUUAUGCUAAUAAAAGUUCUCAUUUAUUGACUAUAAAGUCUUAUGACUUCCAACUCAAAUUUUGUGAUUGUUUGGUUACAGAUAGUUUGCACUUUUUAUAACCUGUUGCACUAGAAUGACUUAAGUUUACCUUUUAUGUGCACAAAAUAAAUUUUUUCUUGCUUUAAAUCAUUUACAAAAUGGCUUAUACAUAACUCAAUGUGGGAAAUCAAAUUUUUCCACACUUAUAGCUGCACAAAAUACAUUGAUGGUAUCCUCCAUGACUAUCUUAACCUCCAUGAGAUAGUGUACCAAAGUAGCUAACACUGGUGCUCAAAAUGGGAUUGCUGAGAUAAAGAGGGGACACUUAAAGUUGCCUGGGCAUUGAUGUUUGCCGUGAAUGUCCCAAAACCCUACCAAGGAGAUGCAGUUUUGUUGGGGAUCUAUCUAAUCAAUCAAAUGCCUCUGGAAACAUUAAGGUUUCAAAAGUCCCUUGGAAAUUUUAGGAGGCAUUAUGUUCUUUCUAAUGUGUUUGGCUGUUUUUGUUUUUCCAUAAAAGGAGUGUAGGAAAGUUAUCCUGGACUCUCAAAUGUGUUUUUUUAAUUCAGUGCUCUAAAAUGUAGAAGCGGUCAACUGUUACUAUCUUGCCUUAUCUUUGAAGAAUUCAACCCAUAUUUUCCUUUGCUCCAACUAAGAGGGAGACUAGAGAAGAAGAGGAGGUAACUUUUCUCCCUCAACCUCCAAACUCAUUUCUACACAUAGUGCCGAAGUCUCUAGUGAUAAGGGUGAAAACCUGGAGAGUCUUGAUUGUUGCAGACUAGAUAAGACUGAUCUAGAAACUUCUCCGCAAACCCAAGCUUUUAAGAUUACUAUAUGAAGCUUCCUUUCUUUUUCAUGCUUAGUAUAUGCAUAAUUACUAUUAAUGGCAGUGG